UCAUUACGAUUAUUAUAAAAAAAGGAACUCUAAUAUAAAAAAUAGUAAUAAUUGAAUUUUGUCGUUGAACUGUUCGCUUGAAUUUCUUGUGCAAGAAGAAACCAAAAGCCACGCAAAAAAAAAAAAAAAAUAAAAAUUAAUUAUUUAAAAAGUUACGGCUACAAAAAGUGUAAAUAUUCACAAUAACAAAAGUAGAAUCGAACAAAUCGAAAAUUUAAUUGUUUUUGUUACUUUUUUUUAAUAUCCACACACACAAAUUCGACCGCCUCCUGCGCGCCCGCAUACCAAAGCGUACGACCUCAAGCCAGUAAACCAGCAAGAAGCUUGCUCAGUCAGCUAUAAUAAUACGAAAUAAACGAAAACUGCAACAACAAAUACUUCCACGGUCAACUUUCAAACGUCAAGAGGCACCAAGGGACGACAGAUAUACAUAGAUAACUACAAGCCAUCGAAUUGGAGUUGAAAUUAGGCAAUUGCGGGCAUACAUAAAAAUUUAAAGCGAGACUGACAUAAAACCCAGAAUGGAGCGUGGUUUGCAAGAUCGCGAUCGCGUGGGCGUACAAGAUUUUGUGCUGCUUGAGAAUAUACAAAGUGAAGAGGAAUUCAUUGGAAAUUUACGCAAACGUUUCCAAGAGAAUCUAAUCUAUACUUAUAUCGGUCAAGUACUUAUAUCAGUUAACCCUUAUAAGCAACUACCAAUCUACAGUGAAAAUGAUAUUAAGGAGUACAGAAAUAAGCACUUCUAUGAAAUGCCACCACACAUUUUUGCUGUGACGGAUAAUGCUUUUCGUUCAUUAAUUGAGGAGAAUAAAGGUCAAUGUGUGCUAAUUUCUGGCGAGAGUGGUUCUGGCAAAACGGAAGCCUCCAAGAAGGUUUUACAAUACAUAGCCGCCUGCUCCGGUCACCAGUCCACCGUCGAGAGUGUAAAGGAAAAAUUACUCAAGAGUAAUCCGGUGUUGGAGGCUUUCGGCAAUGCGAAAACUAAUCGUAAUGUCAACUCUUCACGUUUCGGCAAAUAUAUGGAUAUACAAUUCGAUUUUACCGGCACACCAAUCGGCGGCCAUAUCCUAAAUUACUUGUUGGAGAAGUCACGUGUGGUUAAUCAAAAUGCUGGCGAACGUAAUUUCCACAUUUUCUAUCAGCUCUUGGCCGGCGCUAGUGAUGAGCAAUUGAGAGAGUUGCAGUUGACGCGCGCGUUGGAUAAAUACAGUUAUCUAAGUGAUGGGCAAAAUGGCGCUGUGCGUGGCAUAGACGAUGCGGGCGACUUCAAGGCCGUACAACAGGCCAUGAGUGUGAUCGAUUUCAAGCAAUCGGAGCAAAGCGACAUAUUCAGUAUUAUUGCAAGUGUUUUGCAUUUGGGUAAUGUGAGUUUCGCUGAAGUGGAAGGUGUCGCUAAGGUCGAGAAGGCGGCAGCUGUUGCUAGCGUGGCUAAAUUAUUGGGUGUGAGUGAGAAUGAGUUGAAUGCCGCGCUCACUAAUCGCACCAUCGAUGCACGUGGCGAUGUGGUCACUUCGCCAUUGAAUCGUGACUUGGCAAUUUAUGCACGUGAUGCGCUAGCGAAGGCUAUUUACGAUCGGUUAUUCACCUGGUUGGUGCAGCGUUUGAACAAAUCGCUGGUGGCUAAAGAUUUACGUAGCGCCAUCAACAAUGUCAUGGGCAUUUUGGAUAUUUAUGGUUUUGAGAUUUUCAAAAAGAACAGUUUCGAACAGUUUUGUAUAAAUUUCUGUAACGAAAAGCUACAACAAUUAUUCAUUGAACUUACGCUCAAAUCGGAGCAGGAUGAAUAUCGUCGUGAGGGCAUCGAAUGGGUGCCGGUGGAAUACUUUGACAACAAAGUCAUUUGCAAUUUAAUUGAAGAAAAAUACCGUGGCAUAAUAUCAAUACUCGAUGAAGAGUGUCUGCGUCCAGGCGAACCCACCGAUAUCACCUUCCUGGCGAAACUCACCGAUCAACUUGCGAAGCAUCCACACUAUAUUUGUCACGAGAAGUCUUCCACACAAGUACAAAAGACAAUGGGUCGCGAUGAAUUCCGCUUGGUGCACUAUGCCGGCGAUGUGACAUACAAUGUUAAUGGUUUCUUGGAUAAAAAUAACGAUUUAUUGUUCCGUGAUCUGAAGGAGACCAUGAGUAAGGCAAGUAAUGAGAUUAUACGUUCUUGCUUCCCGGAGGGCGAGUAUAAGAAUAAGAAACGUCCCGAUACCGCCAUUACGCAAUUCAGAAAUUCACUAAACAAUCUCAUGGACAUCCUCAUGUGCAAGGAACCGUCCUAUAUACGUUGCAUCAAACCGAAUGACCAGCAACAGCCGGGUAUUUUCGAUGAUGAAUUGGUGUUGCAUCAAGUGAAGUAUUUGGGUUUGAUGGAGAAUUUGCGUGUACGUCGCGCUGGUUUUGCUUACCGCAGAACUUACGAGACCUUCCUAAAUCGCUACAAAUCUCUUAGCAAAUCCACCUGGCCGAGCUUUAAGGGCCCCGCCAAGGAAGGCGUACGCAUACUUGCCAACGAUCUACACUUCGGACCCGAAGAUUUCCGUUUGGGUGAGACGAAAAUCUUUAUACGCUUCCCCCGAACUCUAUUCGAUACCGAAGACGCCUUCCAAGCAAAGAAACAUGACAUUGCUGCCAUAAUACAGUCACGUUGGAAGGGUUACGUACAACGUCGGAAAUACCUUAAAUUACGUGAACAAAUCAUCAUCUUACAAUCAUAUUGCCGCCGCCAUUUGGCCAUACAAGCAUUGCAGCGACGUCGUGAAGCCGCCACUAAGAUACGUGCCUUCAUUAAGGGCUUCAUUACACGCAACGACCCACCGAAUGGUUAUAAUGAAGAAUUCAUAGCGAACAUGAAACGCAUGUGGCUAAUGCGUCUGGCCAAGCAGCUGCCCACCAAGGUGCUAGAUAAAAGUUGGCCCCCAGCACCGGUGCACUGUCAGGAGGCAUCCACAUAUUUGCAUCGCCUGCAUCGUCUACAUUUGGCGCGCAAAUAUCGUCUGAGCUUAUCCAGCGAACGCAAGCGACAGUUUGAGUUGAAGGUGCUAGCUGAGAAACUGUUCAAGGACAAGAAGGCCAAUUAUUUGGCUAGUGUGCCAUAUUGGUUCCAAAACGAUCGUAUACCGCAGGAGCAUGCUGCAGAAAUCAAUAGCUUUGUUAGUACUUCUUUGAAUGGCGAAAACUUGAAAUAUGCCUCCCCAUGCACGAAAUUCGAUCGUCACGGUUAUAAGCCGCGCGAACGUUUUAUGUUGCUGAGCAACAAAGCGCUCUAUGUCUUGGACGGUAAGAGCUAUAAGCAGAAGCAUCGUUUACCGUUGGAAAAAAUCGAUUUUGUGACCACCAACCACAGUGACAGUCUGCUAGUCAUACGCAUACCACUCGAGUUGAAGAAGGACAAGGGCGAUUUGAUACUGGAGAUACCACACAUCGUUGAGCUGGGCACCUUGGUCGUGGACACUGUGGGCACAGCUAAUAUAUUCAGCAUUGUUAGCCGAGAUUCUUUGGAGCACAAUGUGGUUAAAGGCAAGGGCGGCGUUAUCGACAUUCAAACCGGCGGUCAACCAGGCAUUGUACGUGAUAAGGGUGGUCAUCUUGUUGUUAUUGCUGGACAAUAAAUAUCAGAUUAAAGUGCUAACCACCUUUAACAAGAAAUCAGGGCUUUAAAGACAACGAUGUAUUUUAUAUAGUUUGUUGUAUAUAUAUAUGUAUUAAUGUAAUUGUUAUCUGAAAUUUUGCUGCAGUUUCAUUCAAGUUUUUGUACAAUUUUUUUUUUAACUAAAAAAUCUUUAAAUGUAUUAAUGUAUGCGAAAAGUAUUUACUAAAACUUUAUAAAUAAUUUAUUUCGUAUAAUGUAUAAAAGAAUCGAUGGUAUAAUAUAAUUAAAAAAAGUACUAA